AUGUAAAAAUUAUCUGCACUUAUACUACUAAUUUUCGCAGUCUCGCUAACUGCUAAAGAGUCUCCUAUCAAACAUAUUGUAGUUUUGAUGAUGGAAAAUCGUUCUUUUGAUCAUAUGCUUGGAUGGAUGACUAAAGGCGGUCAAUACGGAAAUCCAAAUGUCAACGGUUUAACAGGAAAUGAGUGUAACACUGCUUUAAAUGGUACAUAAAUUUGUGUUGCUCCUAACGCUUAAGACUGCAGUGCAUAUGAUCCUGGUCAUGGCCCUCAAACUACUACAGAAAGAGUUUAUAAUUGUGUUUAUCAAGCAUAAAAUUCAACUUCUGACGAUCCAUGCGUCAACCACGCCUCAUUGAAAGUUCCAGCUAAUAUGUAGGGUUUUGUUGCUGCAGCAUAAAGAGGUGGAUAAGAUGGUUUAACUGAGAUGAGUGGCUUUUUACCCGAAGAAGUUCCUAUUAUUACAACACUUGCUAAUGAGUUUGCAUUAUUUGAUAACUAUUUCGUCAGCUAUCCUGGAUGCACUAACCCAAACAGAAUGUUUGUUCAUAUGGGAACUUGUGAUGGUUGUGUUUAAAACAGCUAAGCUAUUGGUUAAAUUAAAAAUACUACUCUUUAAGAAGUUCUUGAAAAAAAUGGUCUUUCUUGGAGAUAUUAUUAUGAAGAUUAACCUAUUGACUGGUUCUUAUACAUUGAAUAUUUUAAUAAAAACUUCUUAAAUCGCAAGAAAUUCAGUAAUAUGGAAUAAUUCUACAAAGAUGCUUAAGAUGGAACAUUAGCAAAUUACACUUUUAUUAAUCCAUCUGAAACCGUAAGACCUUUUUUGAAUCACACCAAAUCUUUUGGUCUUCCAAAUGACUAACAUCCUGAUCACAGUGUUAAAGAAGGUGAAAGAUUAAUGAAGAACGUUUAUGAGGCUUUGAGAAAUGGACCUAAAUGGAAUGAAACCCUUUUCAUUAUUACCUAUGAUGAGCAUGGUGGUUUCUAUGACCAUGUCCCUCCUCCUUAAGAAGGUGUUCCUAAUCCAGAUGGUAAAGUCAAUGCUGAAGGAUUCAAUUUUGAAAGACUUGGAAUUAGAGUUCCAACUAUUGCCAUUUCACCUUGGAUAGAAAAGGGCUAGUUAGUAAAAGAGCCUAAACCUUGGUAAAAACCUUUUAACACCUCUCAAUUCGAACAUAGCUCUAUUAUUUCAACUGUUAUGAAAAUAUUUGGCCUUGAAUACAAUUUCUCAAAGAGAACAGAAUGGGCUGCUACUUUUGACGAUCUUAUUUCUAGAACUGAACCUAGAACUGACUGUCCUGCUAAUUUAACCUAUAUUCCCCCUCCAACAAAAGCUGAAAUUGAAAGAAUAUACUCUAGAAAUGUUAAACCUACAGUUAUUAAUGCAGUCAAAAGAAUUUGCUAAGAAUACAAGCCAAAUGACUCUGAAUGUGGUAAAAAGAUUAAAACUUUCAGAGAUUAUGUAAACUUUUUAGAAAUAGAAAUAUAAUAUAAGCAUUCUUAUUGA